CGGUCACGUAACGUGCACAUCUCUAGCUAGUCAAAAUUUAUUUACGGAUUGCAAUUUUAAGCAUGCUAAAACGGCUGUCCAUUAGAUUACCCUUAUGGGGGCGAUGUGGCAGUCGAAUGGCCUCCACGCUACCCACAAACCAAACCCAGAAUGGCGAGGAAGAGGUUAGUGCCACAGUUAAGAGGAUUCGCACGGAAUUGGCCGCCGACAAGCAGAAAUUAAAGUGGAGGACUCCGAUCGGUGACCGGCCUGAGGAUUGGAAUAGCAAGCUGAAACUGUUCUCCAACUCUGAGCAGACCUCCGAUUUCAUAGUGAUGAUGCAGCAACCAAUUGACCUGAGUCCCAGGAGCAUGCGCCAAUGGUGGGACAAUAGGAAGGAACGGAUCGAGCGACACAUGCAACAGUUCAUUCCGGAGAGGCACAAGAUUCUGGGUGCCGAGUUGGCAGCGGCACAUUUCAUCCUGUAUCGAGGCGGUGCCGCCAAGUUCUUCAACGAUCAACGCUGGCACAGGGCCACCGAGGAUGGUGAAUUCAAUCUGCCCAACAAGUUUGAUCCCGGCUAUAAAGUAGAGGCCUUGCGGUGUGACAACAUGGUCUUGUAUUACGAGGGAUUGGAGAACCUGCGGUGUCUCGAUUCUCUGAAGUUCCUCUCCCUUCACAACGUGAAAACCUUUGACGACUGGUGUCUGGACAGGAUCUCCGGCGGUGGGUUUUCGCAUCUAGAAGUGCUGGACCUUUCGGGCACCGAUAUCACCACAAAUGGACUGGCCUGCCUUUAUCGUCUGCCCAGCUUGAAAUUGUUAAUCCUAGAUGAUCCCAAGGCGACUUUGGAACUGGAAUUGGCCACGGCCAUGUUGGAGGAGGCCAUGCCCGCCCUGAAAGUGGUGGGAGCUGAUGUUAUACACAGCCAAAGCUAAAAUUUAUUAGUUGCACUUGUAUGAUAUAAAACUGUUUUAUUAUAAUUUAAAAUUGUGGUUUCUC